CACGAAUCAGCGUUUAUUGAUGGAAGACGCUUUCUUGCAGUCAGCAACCUCCUGUGUCGCUAGUCCGUGUCCGUGGAUGAACAGGAGGUGAAGCAAACCUAGAGAGCAACAUCAGGUACCUGUUGAUGAACAUCAAAACACAGGAGGUGAGUUAUGAAAGAGGAAGAAUGGUUUUUUCCCAAACCCGUGCUCCUGUGAGGAGGAGGAGGACCUUUCUGGUACAGUGCAGACGGAUGUCCUUACCCAAAACGCCUUCUGUGGGACCAUGAUUCUGGUGUACUUGACGGAUGAGAAGGCAGUGUAAACACAUUGCCACGGCUGCCUAUCCAGCAGACCUGCUUACGAGAGCCAGAGGGAUGGUGGUAGUUACAGGGCAGAACAAAGUGAGUGGAAACCCGGAUGAUGCCAUGUCGAGCUCAGAUGCAGAGGAUGAUUUCCAAGAGCCAGCCACUCCUACCGCAACCCAGGCAGGACAGUCGCUACCUCUGCUGCCUCAGCAGUUUCCGGAAGUUGUUCCGCUAAACGUAGGAGGCAUGUGUUUCACAACAAGACUGUCAACGCUGAGACGUUAUGAGGACACAAUGUUGGCGGCUAUGUUCAGCGGAAGACACUAUAUUCCCACAGAUGCUGAAGGCAGAUACUUUAUUGACAGAGAUGGAACUUACUUUGGAGACAUACUUAACUUUCUGCGAUCUGGUGACCUGCCACCAAGAGAACGAGUGAGGUCAGUUUACAAGGAAGCUCAGUAUUAUUCCAUAGGACCGCUGCUAGACAGUCUAGAGGAUGUCCAGCCCCUUAAAGGAGAAAAAGUUAGACAAGCUUUCCUCGGCCUAAUGCCAUAUUACAAAGAUCAUUUGGAACGGAUAAUCGAAAUAGCAAAGCUUAGAGCUAUGCAAAGAAAAGCGAGAUUUGCAAAACUGAAGGUUUGUGUCUUCAAAGAAGAGAUGCCCAUCACUCCCUAUGAAUGCCCACAUUUCAACUCUUUACGUUUUGAAAGAAGUGAAAGUGAGACAAAGCUGUUUGAACAUCAUUGCGAAGUAGAUGUAUCUUUUGGCCCCUGGGAGGCUGUGGCUGAUGUGUAUGAUCUACUGCACUGUAUUGUGACAGACCUGUCUGAUAGAGGGAUAACUGUGGAUCAUCAGUGCAUUGGCGUGUGUGAUAAACACCUGAUAAAUCACUAUUACUGCAAGCGUCCUAUUUAUGAAUUCAAGAUUACCUGGUGGUGAGUUGUUUUGUGCAGAAUGGUGCAGGGGGAAAAAAAAGACUUCUGGAUGACAAUUGCUGUUAAUAUUUCUGCAACGUGUCUCUGGAAACGCAUUGCUGCUAACGUACGUAUUGGAAUCAGUCUGCUGAAGCGUUGGCUAAUGCUUAGCUGCUCAGCAAAUGGGAACCUGUUACAGAGCAAGAUCUGGAAAACCAGCCUGAAACAAGACUAGUUGGCUCAGGUACCUUAACGAGGCACAAAACAAAAUCACCUCAUGGAAAUUAUACGGAGAGGAGCGUCUGACACCUUUUAAAAGGUGCCGCUUACCAUGUGGCUUUAGUAUCAUAAGUCUGCAAAAUGGGUAUUACAGAUCUCACCUGCGUUAUUAUAAAGCCAUGGGUGCUAAUAAUGCUGACGUAAUGUGGUUUAAUUUUACCCACUCAGAAAUAUUUUAGUCACUGCUUAAACUUGCCACUUCAUAAAGUUGAGUGAGUAACACCCAGCACGGAGAUUCUGGAAAUGUAAUUUUGAAAUAAUAGACCAUUUUUUGGAAAAAGGCUUAUAUAUUACUCUUUGUUGUGAUUAUUAAGCUAUAUUUCUUUUUUAAUUAGGAAUCUGCAUUGUGAAUUAUAAUGUUAUAUUUCAAUUGUUUCCAUUCUUAUAAAAAGGAAUAGCAGAUUUGGAAUAUAUUCCUUAAUGCUUUUAGGAGUAAUUACUGUUCACAAAAGACUUGUGCCUGUUUUUAGCCUUAGAAAUUCUAAAUGUUUACAGUAUCUACAAAAAAAGAAGCUCUGUAGAAUCAGGUCAUUGGCAAAGGCUUGUGGUGAAUGAGAAAACCCUGUAUGUAUGUCCCUAUUACCAAAAUAAGAGGAAUAUUUAAUGCGUAUUAUUUUGUUACUGGCUCUUUUUACAUUUGGUGAUACUAAACUUUGUUCUAGAGUUCGAGUUGAAUGAGGAUACUAGAUAAGUGCUUCCUUCGCUUCCCCUUCUUCAGAAAAUUAAGUCUCUUUCUUAAUGUUUUUGUUGACUUUUCCUGGUGUUAUUAUCAGGAAGUAUUUCUUUUCAACCUUCAUAUUUAAAUGUUUCUCCAGUUUUCAGCCCUGUGUCUGGGCAGUAAGGUCUCUCCAGGCUGAAAGGGACAGCCAGUGGAGAAUCGUAUUCCUUUUCAAAAGGCAGUUGUCGCGCUUCUGACCUUAGUAAACAUCUCCUAACUUGAAUAGUUUACAUCUAAAAUGAAAAGAUACAUAUGAGCAUCUGAAGAUAUUACUGUUUUAUGGGGUGCAGAAAACUCAGAUAUUUUCAAAAUACUCCACUUGAAGUGAACUUGAAAUAAUCUUGGGGAAGGAGGGAAAGUAAAUGUUAUGUUUUGAUAUUGCAUUCCAUUGGAUUAAUUAGUCCAAGAAGCUUGCUUAAUUAAACUGCUGACCAAUACAGUUUAAGAAACAUGUAUUAAUAAUGAUAAUCAAAAUUCUCAGUAAACUGAGGUAGUUUUUAGAAUUGUCUUGCAAAAGUAUUUUACGGAAGAUAACUGUUUGCGUUGAUUAACCUUCAUACUUUUAUGUUUUUAAUUUAGGAUCUUUUUAGUAAACUGUUUUUCUGAGGUGGGGACACAUACCUCUAAUUAUCCAUUUUCAAAUGUCUUAUAAUAGAGGAUCAUUGUCAAGUGCUGAGUUUCAGAUCCAGAGCUUAGAUUUUGAACUGAGAGGAGGGAAGGGAAAUAACAGUUGCCUGUAUUACGAUUUUUCGUUAAAAGUUGGUUGAAACUAUUUUCUUAAAUAUUGGCCUUUGCACGUUACUCCUAUAAGUCACUGCACUUGUAUUUGACAACCUGAAACAAGAACUGAAAUUAAUAACAUUUCCCUAAAGUGAGAGGAAGCUUGCGUGUGUUCUUCACUUUUGUGCUGGCUUCUUUUUCCAGGGAAUCUUACAUUGUAAGCCACACUUUCUAAUAAAAUGGCAUAAGAUCUUAAAGCUGAGGCUUAGAAAGCGUUGGCUGCAUGGACUCCUGAGAGUACAAGUUCAAGGUCUUCAGUGUCAGUUUAUUUAGAGGCUACAGCGAGAACUGCAAUUUUGCUUGGUUAUGGAGUGCUUUUUGCCGUUUCCCAUAUAAGUAUAACUCUGGUUUGAAUAUCAGCACUACUUACAGAAAUGGAACACAGUUUGACUUUGUCUUUUUGGGUUUGGCUUUAAUAAUUUUUCAGCCGUUCUCCUAGAGAAGCUACACUAGCAAAAUUGCUGUUUCCGAUCACGUUUGCAAUUUCUUAACAUUCAUGCACUGAUAUUUUAUAACUUUUUCCUGUUUAUUACUUAAAAACCAAAACAAGUAAGGAAGAAUAUCUAAUCCAAAAGAUGAAAAUUAAAAUCUUGGCCUGUAUCAGUUGCAUCUUAAUUGAAACUUUCAUUCUUCAGAUUCUCCAGAAGACAGGAAACAUUAAGUGCAAUAUUAAAAAAGAAAACACAGAUGUGAGCCAACAGGCUUUCAUUAAACACAUACAGUCUGUGUCUUGUGAUUUGUGCAAGUUAACAAUAUUGUUAUUGACUACACUUGUUUUAAGCAGUCUUUGUUUACAGUGAUUUAGAUGAUAUUGCCUAAUAUGUAUUCGUUUUUUGACAGAAACAGAAGAGUUGUGCAGGAGGAUGUCAGGGGAAUAUAAUAACUGGUUUAUGUAACAUUAUUGACUUAUCUUUUCUUGGCAUAUAGCAUAAUUUUUGAAAUUCUUCGUUUGCAACGAAAAUGUGAGUAGCUGAUUACUAAAUCCAUGUUUAAGAUGAUUGAUGUUUUUGUAUAUCAUGAAUGCUAUAUGAUUGUCUAAUUAAACUAAAUGCUUAUGUAAUACUGCUUUUUUUUUUCUUUACUUUGGGAUGUUUCUUCAUGUCUACUUAGGCCAGAGACUUGCUAGAACAUUCCUACCUAUUUCUCUAUGCUGCUCUUAUUUGAUUUUUCCACAACUUUAAUAUCUACAUAACUGCUUUUCCACCACCACCCCUAAAUCCUGUGCGAGCUGAUACCAUGCUCUUGGACAAAUUGGUCAUGCAGUAAAUGGUUUCAUGUCAUCAGUAUAAUUUUGAUAUGACUGUUGUGUACAGAUUAUCGAAAAGACAAUACAUGUCAGUCCAUUUAGCUUAUUCAACUUGAAGGAGAGAUACUUCUCAGUUAGCUUUCUGGGACAGGAUGCAUGCCAUUUUUGGUUCCUAAAUGAUGUACAGAAACAUGCAUAUAAUAAGCAACUUCCCCCCCCCCGAUUCCCCCCAAAUAAAAAUUCUCAAAUAUUUUCAAAGCACAAAUUGCAUAUCUGGAUUGCAGUGAUUUCUCUGCGUUUUUUUUUUUUUUGAAUAACGGGGUAAUGGUGGGACAGUUGAGGGGUAAUUAUUUGAAAAGUAGAACCGUUGGCUGUUUUUAGGUUGCUGCAUGUCUAAACAGUUAACAAGACUCGUCUUGUAAUGUCCCCUGUGUAUGUAGUGGUUUUUAACAUGGAGCGAAAAGAGAUCCUUUUAUCAGCUCUGACAUUAAGUGACUUGGCCAGUUUCACUGCACAUUAAGCAUGUUUUUGCAUUGGUUUGGCAUUUGUAAAAUGAGGAUACCUACUCAUUUUUGUAAAGCACUCAAGAAAUGACAUGAGAAGAUCUUUAUGUGCAGUGCUGUGUGUUCAACGUGUAUGUAAUGUGUCCACUUAAUGUGUCCACUUAAUGACUGUUGAUUUCAAGAGUUACAAGAAAGGGCAACAUUAGCUUUUCAACUUGGUGUGAGCUUCUUAACUUGAAUACCACAAUACUCUAUACAGUGAUCUGAGGUACUCGUUCCUGACUCUGCAUUCUUGGAGGAGAGUGAAGGUGCUAGCGUCGUUUAUCUGACAAGCCUUUGAGCCAUUAGGAGAUUCGCUCUUGUCUUCCUGGCGCAUGUUUUCUUUUGAGGCUGCUCGAUGUUUUUUGCAAGCCCGUUUUAACCCAAACCUGCAAUCAGUGAUCGGUCUCUGCACUGGUGAGGGGGCUUUUUUUUUUUUUUUUUUUAAUUUAGUAAUGUAUUGACACCUACAAUGUAGCGUAUACGAAUACAUGAAUUUGCUGGUAUGGAUAUUUUUGUGAUUUUGUUGUUGUUGUCCCGUUCUGUUACCCCUCCCGACCCCCUUCCCCCAAACUACCAUGAGAGUUAAGGGAAAGUUCAGCAUCAGGUGUCUGAAAAAGCCUCCUUGUUCUUUAGACACCCCCCCAACCCCGUCUGGUAAAAACACUUAUCCCAGAGGUGUUCAAUAUAUGGAAAGGCAAAGGCUAUUACAGUUAUAGGCGCUCUUACUUAACAAUGAGUCCAUUGAACGAGUUCGUACUCGAUAAUCCAACUGCAGCCUCCGUUCCGGCGCUCUGCUUAGAUGAGUGUCACUUCAGCAGCGAAACGAAGUAGUCACGGGGUUGGAUGUGGUUAGUACAAGUCCUUGAAAGGAAAAGUCAGAGACUUCUAGUUACAGGAGAAAUGCACUGAUUUGUGUAAGCACGUAAUCGGCCUUUACUAAAGGGAUUGUUAAAAUUCCAGUAAACGCUGAAAGAUGUCAAGAUUUGCAACUGUUUUAAGUGUUUGCUAUGUUAAACAGUAAUACGUUCUGAGCCGAGUUGUUUCAAUGCAUGUAUUGCACAUCAGGGAAGCUGGCCAGUUCUCUUAUUUAUGUUUCCCGGUAUAUCUGUGUUUUUCUUGGUGAAUCUUGAAGGCCGCUGAGGCUGCUGAUCGCUGCCCCGCAGAAGUGAGUGUUUCAAGCGUAUCCUGCGCAUUAAGCGUGCGCCGUUUAUUGCAAAAAUGAAAGUGAGAGGGAUUUAGUUCUGCAGUGUGUUUUCCCCAGGGAUACUCCUCAUCGGCCCCGAAGGAGGACUUCAGUGAGAUCCUGCUCCACACCCCCCCCCAUUUCCACUUUUCUGAUGAAGUGUAAGUGGCAGAAGGAGAUCAAGUGUCCGGCCUGAAGAUUCGCAGUGAGAUAAUGACUCUUGAGUGGAUUUCCUCUUGGUCCCUGCCCUUUGCUCUAACCCUUAAGAAGCAUGGCUCUAAGGGCAGGAAGUUUACUACUACUGUCUGCUGCACCCUCAAAUUUGUUUGCAAGGUGAACUGCCAGUCCGUUUUAACCUAAAGGGAUUCUCUUUAGUAUUACAAGCUAGUGACUGAUAGUUGCUAAAGAAUCAGUGAAAUUCUCAGGACUGACAAAAAUAUCUGAAUAAAUUAAUAAAAAAAUGUAUUUCAUAAUCCCAUUAAUUUCACUCUUCCAUUUCAUUUUUUACUAAAGAGUUAAAAAAUUAAAACCUUAAGACUUCUUUUUGUUAAACAGAGAUACAUAUUUAGGCUAGGCGCUUGUAUUUUACGAUUUUGAGGUUCUUGUUGAUUGCUUGCUUAAGAGCUGGAGGAUAACUGCAUGAACUGCCUUCUGUGGUUCUCUCUUUUUUUGUUUUGUGUUUAAAGUUAUCAGUAUAGUAAAUGGUCGUGAUUUCCUAAGUCCAUGGGGCAUUACUGAAUUAGCAAGCGCUGGGAACCUUCCUGCCCAAUUUUAUUUUCACUGCUCGUUCUUGUUUAUAGAUGACCCGGGACGGGUGACCUGAUGGGAAAGAUGACAGAAGUGCCAACAGGGCAAGUCUCAUAUCAGAGCUGAUCGUUUGUAUGGUACAGUGGUUUUUUGGUUUGUUUGUUUUAUUUCAACUCUGGUGAGGUGUGAGGCAGAGGAACGUUCAUCACCGCUUAUCUGUGAGGUCAGUCAGAGGAUCCAGUCUUUCUGGAAGCUGGACAGCCCAGCUGUCCUGGCCUGUGUUCAUCCAUUUCCCCACGUAAGUAUUGUGAUGUAUCAAGUUAGGUGGCCUUGGAUUGAACUGGGAAAUACAGCAAUGACUGGGGAGGUGGCUGCUGGGUCACCGUACUUGAAUUUCAGCAGCAGUUGUUCAGAGGUUUGAGGACCUUUAUGCCACCACUUGCAGAGUGGAUGUUUCUUUUCUGCAUGGCAAUAGUAAUUAAAGCUUGGGACACAGUUGCCCGGCAGACCAGACUGCCGAGCAAAGAAUGUAGAAAGAUCAUUUCUGAACUCAUCAUAACCUGUGGGGCAUGCUCUUUCUUUCAUCAUCCUCGUUUUAGGAGCUGUGGGCGGUCUGUAGACCCCGGUGGCUUUAAGUAUUGAUUGGCCUUACUGAGCCUUGGAGUUGCAUUGAUCUUUUUGGUUAUUUAUGGCUGCCCCAUUGCAUGUGUUUUAGGUUGUUCAUGCACAGCAGAGGGGACCUAGGAUAGUUCCGAGUUCUAGGCUAUGGGAACAUCAUUUGAUUUUAAAAAAAUAAACCGUCCGGUUUUUCAUUCUCUUUCUGCAAAUAAGCUAUGUUUCAGAGGAUAAUUACAUUUUGUUAUUUAUUUCUGUGUAUAGGUAUCUUUACUGGAAGUUGCUUUCCAGAACAAUUCUUAAUCCUUUUACUUACACAAGUUUAGUAUAAGUUUACCUAUACUUUCACUGUGACUUUUAUAAAUGGAUUUUAUUUUGCUGAAUUAUAAAUUGUAUGUCUCUAUGCAUUGUUAGCCCUUAAUGCCUUUGAAAAUCCAGUCUGGAUGCUAAGGAUUGGAAUUAUCUCCAAAUGUGUUUUAUUUUAAAUAAGUUGUUGUGUGAUGUUUAAUACUGUAGGUACGGUAGCAUUUUAUUUACUACAUUUAGCUCUUCAGUUCAGGUAAAGUAUAUAAUGAUGUAUUUUUAUUUAAAAUAUAUAGAUGAUGUGUAUAUAAAGUUUGUGUUGUGAAAUAAAAGUAUGUUAAACAGAAAACUGUUGGAAUCUGGCUAAUCUGGUUCACAAGUAUUACACUCACUCCCCCUUUUCAUUUUCCAUGUGAACAGAGUUUGACUUGCAUGACUGGAAAUGAAAUUUGAGACACCAGACUCUCUCGAGCUUUUCUCUAAUAGCACCAACCAGUAACUUGUUCAUCAUCACUUCCUUAACAGAUGGCACUUAUGCAGCGUCUGCAGUCUCCUCAGGGAGACAAACUUGUAUCAGACAGAUAAUUCGAGUUGUACUUCCUUCCCUACAUACCCACCCGUUCAUGUGAGAGCGCGCCGAGGUCUGAGCAGCUUUCUCCACUUGUGUAAUGCUACAGAAAAAAGUAAGAUACCGCAUUUGCUGAGCUGACUGGGUUCAAUGGGGAGUUUUUUUUUUCAGAAGUAACUAAAAUACCAUUUUCUUGCUAUUCUUUUGUCUUACUAAAGUAACACUUGCUUUCAAAACCAUGUGCCCAUGGAGGGGAAGGAGGGGCGGGGAAGACGACAGCGAAACGGCUAAACAGCAGUCACGGUAACUAUUUCUGUUCCUGCUGCCAUCAGCAUACAUAAAACUCCUAAGCAUUCGUGUGAGCUGUCUGAUCUGGAAAAUGCCUGUGUUGUGAUUUAAAAACAAAGCUGUUGGGAGUUGGUUUACUGUGCCUAAAAGGAGAGCAGGGAUGCCUGUGUUCAAAUGUUGUUUCUGCUCCUUCCAAGACAGCGAAGAGGACCCCCAAAGACAUGUAGGUUCUCCCAAAGAAUGAGAGAGAAUCUCCCUAUUCUCUCCCAUUCUUUGGGACAAACUGUUCGGGACAAACUGUUCCUAUUUCCAGCUUGUAUCUAACGCAGAGAGUGUGGAACAGCCCUGAUGUUGUGGUCCCGAGACCACGUUUGAGUCAGGCGUGUGUGGUAGCUCUGUUCUUGUCUCCAGGCCAGGCCGCUCGGAAUACAGCUAAUGAAAAUCAUCCUUUCUCCCGAAUCUGCAGACUUCUAGUCUAGCAUUAAUCCCUUCCUACGAGAUUGCUGUUCCCUCAAGGGUCUCUCAGGUAACAAGGAUUUCUUCAGUAGGCUCGGUGGGUUCUCGCAGAGGUUUUGCUUUGUCAACCUGUAACAGAAGCUGAUUCAAGUAAUUCAACCAGCUUCAGAGCGUAGUCUGUUCUGUUGUGAACGCGCCGUAAAAAAACCGCUGUGCUUGUACCCUGCCUAGCCGUAACCAGCGUCGAGCUGCCACAACCCAGCUGAGCUGAUCUAGCAGUUUGCUGCGGCUGACCGGGGAACUUCUGCUGCUUCUCCAGCAUCGGCUUUGACGCUUGUCUGGCUCCUCAGUGAGCUAGUUCAGUUUGUUACCCCGACAGAAAAUUUAGCCCUGAAAACUGAAUGAAUUGCUCACAGUUGUUUCCAGCUUAUUCCCUGGGUUGGGCAGGUCGCGCCGCACCGCUCGCAGCGCGCUCUCGGUCUGGGCACGACCCUUUCCGUAGGGACAGCUUUGACGAGCUUUCGGCAGCCUUUUCCAGCGUGGUCGAGCUCUGUGGUCAAG